AUGAGGGCUUCUAUGGCACCCUCUGACACAGGCAGUGCCAUAUCGUCCAGCAAUCUAGUCUUGACAGCGCCUGCGUCCUCGCUUCAAUUGGCGGCAGAUCUUGUAACUAGCAAUCUAAUGAAACUCGGUACCUUGACUCUGGAUGAAUUUCUGAGUCCGCCAUACCUGGAUCCGCCUCCUCCGGAGGUAAAUCUGACUCUAUCCUAUGUCGCUCGCCGUGUGGUAGAUCCUGCUGCAGAAGAAGAGAAGAAGCUUCCCGCCCAUAAAGCGACGCCGCUCUUCCUUCUAAACCAGGUUUGCUCGCAGACGCUCGGCAGUAUAGAGCCACUCAAAUACGAGUUCAUCGAUGAUGGCGAUGAGAAGCAAUGCAUCUUGACGAUCACUCGUCCAAACGGACAGUCUCGCUCAUACUCUGUUGUGGUUGAAUACGAGCGGAAGGCAGAUGCCAGGGAAGCCGUUGCUAUCGUAGCUGUUGAGAUGGGUGCCCUUGACUUCAUUAAGAACGGUGCACCCGAUCACACGCUGAAGCGCGGGCUUGUCCUUGCUCCUCUGGACGCUCCGGAAAGCGAAGGGGUUGAGAUUGAGCACCCUGAACGGGACCCGAGUCCGGCAGUCGAAGAAAUCGAGAGGUGUUGUGUGGAGUGGCGUGCCGGGCGCGUCAAACCGCAUUGGGUUGCCGUGCGAGAGUUCAAGCCGGCGCCGAAGUUUGGUUGCGCCCUUCGCGUCGCUCUAUCUGCGCAUAGCGCUAAGAUAUACUCUGUGGAUGCCACCUAUGAUCACUUUGAAGAUGCUCGUUCUGCAUGCGCUGACGAAGCGGUGGCAGAUGGUGUGAUCGAGUUCAUCAAGCACGGUAACGGACAAAAGCAUCCCGCACCGCCAGAUUACUCGAAUCAGCAUGCUGUGGCUGCCGACGCGCCUGUGACUGCCGUGACUGCGGCCUCGGUGGAAGACUUCUUCGAGUCUCUACCGCGACCGUUCCCUGAAGCCGAAUUCGUGGGCAAGAAGAUCGACGAGAUCAGCGCCGUUCCAUGGCUCAACGCACUCGCGCAGUCAGCUAAAGGAGGCAGGUUGACCCUGAGGUACAUCCCGGUACCUGACUCCAAGUACGGCCUGCACGGAUUUCUACUUCGCUUGAGCCGUCCCGGAGAGGUCAAGUCUUAUCUCGUCGAUCCAAUCUACCCGAAGAGGGCAGACGCCAAGGUCGCCGUCACUCUACUCGCGAUGUCACAGGGCGUCGGACAAUGGAUUCGGAAAGUCGCGCACGAGUGCGAGGAGAAGCUGCCGCAUCGGUUGAAAGAGUAUAUCACGAUGCGCAUUCUUCCUAUGGUCACCCUGGAGUACAGUAAGAUCUGGCCCGGUCGCCACCCCGAGAUCUGGACGUUCACCAGAGAUAAAGACGCGCACGGCUGCAUCAUGACCCUCAAGCUGAAGUUCGAUCCUUCUCCGGACGAGGUUAGAACCUGGGAGGUCCCGACCGAGUACAGAUCCCGCAAUGACGCGAAACUGGCCGUGCUUGAUCUGGCGUUUGAGAACGGGGCAGUCGAGUUCCUUCGUUUCCGUGGAAGAAAACCUCCUGAAGGUUAUGUUGUUGACGUCGGGCCCACCGCUUACAGGAAGCGGAAGUUGGAGGAACAGGACGCCGUACUCUCCGGUCCGAACUCCAGCUUCAAGCGCAUGCGCACAGAGUCUGCAGCGCCCGCGCCUGCAGGAGGCGCUCAAAGGGAAAGAUUGCCGCCCACGGGUCCACGUCAUUCGCGUAUUGCCCCGUCGUUGGGUGGACCAUCAUCAGAUCGUGCGGCAGCGCGCCAUCGCUCUGAUCGCGCUGCGCAGCCUCCUCAACUCCCGACGCCUCCGUACGCAACGCCAGCGUCUACACCUGGACCGCAAGUGUUGCCACCAAUACACUACAGCGCUCCCCGACCAACUCCUCCGGACGUGCCGCCGCAUGCAUCGUCUUACGACUACCCUGCGCAUGGACAAUAUCCCGUGCUACACAGAGAUCCCCACGACGGAUAUCGUCAGGAGUCAGCUCAUCCGCCGUCGAGACCCUCGUCUUAUGGCACCUAUGCUGAUCCAUAUGGACCUCCAUCUGAUUCAUACUACGGGCGCCAUCGCCCGUAUUCCAACUAUGCACAUCCCUCCCGUCAUCCGCCUGAUUCGUACGGGCGGGAUCCGUACUCACACCCAGUCGACAAUGGUUACGGGCCGCCUGAGCACUCAGAUUCGCGCUCAUAUCCGGACGCGUAUACGGGCUAUGCGGCCGGCUAUGACAGAUCACCGCCGCGGGACUAUUCCUCCCGUGAACGACCACCUUCUCCGCCUUCUCCAGAGCGGAGAGAUUCAGGUCGUCGCUCACCAUCACCAAGGGGAGCCUUGCCAUCGCCGCCCAGGAGAGCUUCGGGAGCCACUGACAAUGGACGCCGCCCGCCCGCGAGUCCCUCAAAGGCACGGAAGUCAGAGGCUCCCGUCACUCCCCCUUCGCCGUCUACAUCUGCGCAGAAGACCAGGUCGAAGAGGAAGCGUGAGCGUUCAGAGUCACCAGAUCAACUAGUUGUGACUGCUCUCCCCUCAUUCAAGCAGCAGCUCAUCGAUUUCUGCAAAGAGAAGAAAAAGUCGUCGCCGAUGUUCGCCAACGAGGCGAACGCAGACGGAACGUUCCGUGUGUGGAUCAUUGUCGACAAAGAACGUAUGGAGAUGCAAACAGCGUGGGCGGACGUCGCCGAGGGCGAAGACCGUACAGCAAAACAAGUUCUGAAGCGAUUGAGUGGAAUGAAGUGA